UCAAAGAACCGGACAUCCAUUGACAUGGCGAAGGUGGAUUCAACGCAGGCCCUGGUGAGCCACUGGCGCAUCUUCAGGCUAACCGGAGCGCAUCCGCCGGACAAGAGAACCGUCUGGGGUCGCCACUAUACGGCGUACUCCGUGGUGUGGAACGUGGUCUUCCACGUAUUCCUCGGCAUCUCCUUUUUGGUCAACCUCUUUCAAUCCAACUCGCUGGAGGCCUUCUGCGAGAGCCUCUGCGUGACCAUGCCGCACACCCUCUACAUGCUGAAGCUGAUCAAUGUCUUUCGGAUGCACGACGAGAUGAUCCGCAGCCACCGGGUGCUCUGUCACUUGGACAGGCGGCUGGGCUCCUCCGAGGAACGCCGGAUCAUUGGGGCAGGCAUCGAGCUGGCCAAGUUCAUCUUCCGCCACUUUUCGCGCGGCGUUGUGUGCAUCGUCGUAGUUGGGAUCGCUUACAUUGCCAUGGCCAACGAGCCCACGCUGAUGUACCCCUCCUGGAUUCCAUGGAAUUGGCGGGACAGCACGUCCGGUUAUCUCUCCGCCGCCAUUCUGCACACGAGCGCCCUCAUUGCGAAUGCGACGUCGAUCACCAAUCUGUGCACCUAUCCGGGCACCUACCUCAUCCUAGUCAGUGCCCACACCAAGGCGCUCGCCCUGCGGGUCUCCAAACUGGGAUAUGGCACGCCUCUCCCGGCGGUUCGGAUACAGGCCAUUCUGAUUGGGUACAUCCACGACCACCAGACCAUUCUGCACCUCUUCAAGUCACUGGAGAGAUCGCUUUCGAUGACCUGCUUCCUGCAGUUAUUUUGCACGGCUUGUGCCCAGUGCACCAUCAGCUACUUCCUGCUCUUCGGGAACGUCGGGAUCAUGAGGUUCAUGAACAUGAUGGUCCUGCUGGUGGCCCUCAGCACGGAGACCCUACUGCUCUGCUACGCGGCGGAGCUCGUUUGCAAGGAGGGGGAGAACCUCGUGGCCGCUGUCUACAGCUGCAACUGGCUUUCCCAAACGGUUCAGUUCCGGAGGCUCCUGGUCCUCAUGCUCGCACGCUGCCAGAAGCCACUGAUCCUGGUAUCCGGUAUAAUAGUGCCCAUUAGCAUGAAGACCUUUCUGGGGGUGAUUAAGGGAGCAUACACCAUGCUCACUCUGCUGAAUGAAAUUCGUAAAUCGUCACCUAAAUAG